GUGGAGCGUACGUUCAUAACUUCACGUUCAACUGCCUUAUUAGUAUAAAAGGUAUCAAAAAGCAUCCUCGAUAGUGAAGAUUUAGUAAGAAACCGAAAAGAAAUCGUCCAAGUCUUUUAGUUACUAAAAAUGAGGUCCGAUCCAACUGGGAAAAAGCCAAGUGUGGCGAUGAAGUUUGUAAGUGCUGGCCUCGCCGCUUCUAUAGCAGAAGCUGUUACCAUUCCAAUCGAUACAGCCAAAGUUCGUUUGCAGAUCCAAGGUGAACAGGCAGUAAUGUCAAACAUUGCAUCAGGGAUUAAAAUGUGCGACCCCGGUGUCAAGUACCGAGGCAUGAUAGGAACAAUGUAUACCAUUGCAAAAACAGAGGGUGUAAAGACAAUGUACAGGGGUCUCAUACCAGGCGUUCACCGUCAGCUCUGCUUUGCAAGCAUUAGAAUUGGCCUAUAUGAUUCAGUAAAAAAGAUGUAUGGAGAUGAAGACAUCAAUAAUCCUAAAGUGUUAAAGAAAAUAGCUGCUAGUAUAACUACUGGAGUCAUGGCCGUAGCUGUAGCACAACCAACGGAAGUGGUGAAAAUUCGUUUCCAAGCUGACGCUGGUAGAUAUACCACAGGUGCCAUUGCAACAUAUGGAAUUAUCGCACGAAGUGAAGGAAUUAAAGGAUUAUGGAAGGGUAUAUUUCCAAAUAUGGCAAGACUGUGCACUGUAAACGCAUCAGAACUUGUUGUAUAUGAUUCUAUCAAGAGUUUUUUCUUGCGGCAUAAGUUAAUGGCUGAUGAGUAUCCAUUGCAUUUUGUGUCAGCUUUUGGAGCUGGCUUUGUGACGACUUGCAUAGCAUCGCCAGUGGAUGUUGUCAAGACCAGAUACAUGAAUUCUCCACCCAACACUUAUAAAAGUGGCGUUGAUUGUGCCAUACAGCUGUUCAAGCAUAAUGGAAUUACUGCAUACUAUAAAGGUUUUACUCCAAACUUCAUCCGUUUAGGUGCUUGGAACAUUGUCAUGUUUAUGUCCUAUGAACAGCUUCAGAGAUUAUUUGCUAAAUUAAAGGAAAUAGCCACCAAAUCAAGUACAAAACCUAUCUAGAAAAUUUUUCAUCAAAAAAUGCUGGGAAAAAAAGCAGUUUGGGUCUAAAUUUUCAUAAUUAGAGAAUUAGAAUAUUUUGAAAUAAAUAUUUUGGAGAAUGUUAAAUGUAAAUUGAAGUAGGUGGUGUAGGUUAGGGUAUAUAUUAGGCCCCGUCCACACGUAUCCGGAAAUUUUUGUAUCCACAAAUUAUUUUUUGUGGAUGCGAAAAUGUUUGCGUCCACACGCAGCAUAUUCGUAUCCGUUUUCGUAAAAUUUGCGGACACGUGUGGACGCAACCCAUAUUCGCAAAAAAGGAUUUGCAGAUACAAAAAUUUCCGGAUACGUGUGGACGGGGCCUUUUAUUAGUUAAUGUAAUUUUCUAAAUUUUCAUAAUUAGAGAAUUAGAAUAUUUUGAAGUAAAUAUUUUGGAGAAUGUUAAAUGUAAAUAUUGAAGUAGGUGGUGUAGGUUAGGGUAUUAUAUUAGUUAAUGUAAUUUCAAAAAAUAUAUAGUGUUUGUGAUCACUAGCACUGCUGUCAAUCAAGAUUGGAAAAUAGUUAAUCAAUUUCAUAUAAAUUUUAUUUUGGGUUGUACCAUGAGUACUUACCAAAUUAAAACUAUUAUAAUAUGUAUUAGUAAUAGGUGCAUGCCUUAGCUAUAGUAUAUAGGCUAGCUACAUGUAUAUUCAACAUUUAUUAAUUUUAUAAUCAAUUUUAAUCUAUCAA